UGUGUGUGUAUAUAUCCUAUGUCAAUCUAGACAUACAUAACUGAUAAAAAUUCUCUAUAUUAUGGCAAGCAAAGAAGAGGGUAUCAAACUAUUUGGGACAACAAUCACGUUGCAUGGAAGACCAGUCGUGAGAUCAGAAGAUCAAAAAAGGUCAGCUGAUCAAACGGCGGAGAAGAGGCCAGACAAGAUCAUACCAUGCCCAAGAUGCAAGAGCAUGGAGACCAAAUUUUGUUACUUCAAUAACUACAAUGUUAAUCAGCCAAGGCAUUUCUGCAAAGGCUGCCAGAGGUACUGGACGGCUGGUGGGGCACUUCGGAACGUGCCGGUAGGGGCUGGUCGCCAGAAAAACAAGCCACAUCCACAUGGCAGAGAGUCUGGUGGUGGUUUCUCAGUUGAUCAUGGGGGUUUCUAUGAUGGCUCAACAGGGGUCAUGCACCAGCUUGAGUUGGAUGGGGUGGUGGUGGAGGAGUGGCACGUGGCGGCUCAUGGUGGUUUCCAGCAUGUUUUCCCGGUGAAGCGGCGGAGGAGCAGCUCAGAUGGCUGGUUUAAUCAAUUCAUCAAUUAAUAUUGAUCCAGUAAGGCGAACCAGCUUGCAAGACUUAAUAGAUCUAUGAGCAAUUUUUUUUCCGUCGGUCAAAUAGGAAAUUACAUGUUUCAUACCCGUCUCCAAUUUAGCCAUACCAGAUAAUCUGCAGUUGUGCCCGAUUUCCGAUUCCAUCGAUUUUCAAUCCCCAAUCAAUUGGGAUUCCGAAGGAAGAAUGGCAUGAGUUCCAGCUGUUGGCCUGGGUGAGAUUGGAUCAAACUUGGCGGUAUCGAAAUGAAAUCCUCCAUGGUGCCCCAGUGAAGCCCCAGUCCCACGUCGUAUUUCAGAUACAUGAGCCACUGCCACGCAUGGAGAUUGAACCAAGGAGUGCCUUCUGAUAUUGUUCCUUUGACACCGCAAUGAUCUCGCAUAUCUGCAGACAUGGCUCGUCCUUCUUCAGGGGGAGAUUCUGUUUGUUUUCAGUGCAAAGCUCUGUCCGAGUGGAUUCUGCAGAUGGCGAAGCGCUGGAGCUCCUCGUGGGAGUCCAGAAGUUCAUAGACCUGCAGUUUCAGGCGGUGGAAUUCGUGGGUGUCUGAAUGGGCCAUAGAGAACCUGAUCGAAGAGGCAAGUAGUAAGUUGGCUGCCUGGGCAGAUUUAUCCACCAAAUGGGCCGCCACUAGGAGGCUAUCCAGUAGCAUUUCUGAGUCAUUUUCUUUCUGAUUUUUUGGCUUUCGUUUGAUAAUGGCCAUGGAUCAUUGUCUUUGUGGCUUGUAGAGUUGUAGUCUCUUGUUUGCCUUGCCUUAUAAAAACAAAAUCCACUUAAUUUUCUCAUACUUAAAUCAUGUGUAUAUCCAACAUUUUCAAACUAUAAAUCUUUGUAUCAUGUCCUAUAUAUAAGAAUCUGUCCGGAGCUGA